GCCAAACAUCUCGCAACCUUCUCCCCUUUCUUGCGACGAUGAGGAUUGUUUCUGUAUCUGUUUCUCUCUCUCCCUCUCUCUGUGGCCCCCCACGGUCGCGGGGUUCUUUUGUAGCCACUUGCCUUCUUGGCACGUGUUCAGAACCCCGUUGGACCUUUUCAAGCCAACACUCAAAUCACUCGCAUUCCUCACUCAUUUUUUUUUGAGCUUCGCUACCGAGGCGAGGGAUGGGAAGGCAUAUGGUACAAACAUAGUAUGCGCGAAAAUACACCACUAAGGGUGUGCGCCCAUAGCCUUGCCCACCAAAUGUCACCCGUUUUGCUUCGGGGCUAAAAGCCGAAGCCCACACACAACGCCACCUCUAGGAUAUCCCUUCCAUUUUCUUCGCAUGUCUUGGCUUGGUGCAUCUAUGAGUACAUGGUUGAUAAACAAGCCCCCCGGAAACCAUUUUGCGAAAUUCCCGCUAAUGUUUUCAUGUCUGGGAGUCCCCUGCUACUACCGGACGAUAGAAAGAUACCCGAUGCUUGUUUGCCUUGCACCCCAUGCUUGAUCGAAAGGGGGGGUGUGAAGGUUCCAAAUUCAGCUCUGACAGCGACAAUACCCCCCCUGCCCUAUAAUCCCUUGGGUCUUUCAGCCCAGUUAUUGCUUGCUUCCUUGUCCUACCCCGUAUAUCAUCAUAGUCGAGCCGUCUGUCUUGUGUGCCCCAGGUCUUGAAUUUAUGACUUGGUCUUGGUUUUUGUUUUUAUCAAGCUCAUGCGCCGCCCUCACAACCGGAAUACAUAGGUUGGUUUCCUCGGUGCUUCAGCAAGCAACCUGAACUUGUCACACACCAGCGUCCUCCCCGCGUACGCUUGCAAAACAAACGACAACCUUGCUGCGCGGCUUGGUAAUACAGACUUGUCAUCCUCGGCACCGUCCGAUGACACCAACCUGGCGUCAGCCGUAUCAUUAACUCAUAGCCCACGAGAUCCCAUCCAUAGAGAGGAGGGUCUGUCCUCGGUCUUCGCGCCCGGAAAAGGAAACUCUUUAUUUUGGCGCUUGAUGCCUAGAAUUCCUGGAGAGACUUUACUGCUAUACACAAAACGACUAAAAGGCAUUACGCUGCAAGAGCAGGAAACUUUUGGUUGCAGAUUCUGAGCAGUAGCAGCACGCGCAAGCCGAGGUCUGACAGGAUAUCAUAUCCCCAACCCGUCGACCAUGGCUGCCCUGCAAGAGCAGCAUACCACUGCCAAGAUGAACACAAGCGUGGGUACAGACAAUUCGGAGGAUAGUGUUCACUCACCGGGCACUUCCCCAGUCGCAUCACCAGCUUCAGAUGCUGGCAGCAUCACUACAGUUGCUUCGUCAAACACGGCGUCCUCGACAUCAUCCCAAACGAUUACUGCCUGCGAUAUAAGUGAAACUGAAACGGCGGUUCCAAUCCGCGCCACCCAGAAAAACAGGCGAUCCGUAUCUGUCAAGACCAAAAAGUCAAAGGUGCGAAUGCACCUGUCGCCCUCUUCCAAGAGGCCGUCGCCCGAAAGAUCAAUCUUGAAAAAGAAGAGCGAUCCGGCACCGCUCCCCCUCGACCCCCGAGACUUCCCCAGGUUAUCACCAAGUCAACUCCCAGAGAACGCGAUCGAUGAUGACGAUGAUGAUGAUGAUGAUGAUGAGGAGGAAGAAGAUAUGGGCCCUCCCGCUUCGCUUAUUGCGGUGCUUCCAGUGAAGUCGAAACCCGGCUCCAGGGGAUCUCUCACCUCGGGCAGCAUGAAGCUCUCGAGGCAUCCCAAAAACCUCAACUAUACAGUACACGAUCAGUGGCAAAAGGUGCCUGAACGGGCACUCAAUCGCCCUCCUCACCCUUCGGCUGUUGGCGAGGUUCAUACAGUCGGUCGAUUACUCCGCACACACUCAGAUACAACAGUCUCUGCUCUGGGAAAUCCUCAAGCGCCGGUAGCCGCGGCAAAUGGCUUGCACAUAUAUGGAAGCAAUCUAGGCUACAACACUAUAGGUAAUACUCGUCCCGUUUCCCGCCAAACAUCAAAAUUGCAACCAGUGGAGUACGAUGCCGAUAAACCAUUGCUGCGAGUCGUUGGUUUCGAGUACUCGCCGAAGGGAUCGCUGUCAAACCCAAAGGUCCGCUCGUCCCUAAUGGUCGAAGCUAUGACGCGGACCCCCACCAUAAUUACGGACGAGGUCCCCAGGCCGCUUUUUGAGCUCGCCCCAGGAUGGGGGGAGCAGCCUCGCAAGGCACCGCCAUCGCCCGCCGAGUCCGACAUGCGGAGAGCUGCCAAGGGCCAGGUGGGCCAUUUCGGGGAGGUUACCAUAACUCCCUUUCGUGGUUUUCCGCUGAAAGAGAUGGGUCCUCUCCCUGCGGACCUCGACCGUCGUCCGCUUGGCGAAGGCUGGGCCUGGCCCCAGGCGGCGCCCCCGGCGGCUGGCCCUUCGAGAGACUCCUCGAAUCGCUGCCCAGACCCAAGACGGCGACGGGGACGAGCACCACUUGGGUCAGCGACGAAAAGCAGAGGCCCAUCACCACCAGAGCAGCCACCCCGCUCGACUGGCGACCUUCCACCGCUGCAGACAACGUCCACUCUCGCAAGUUCAGAGAGGGCGGCUUCCACGACCGACUUGCCCACGGAGCAACCAAGAUCGGCUCGCUCUACCGCCGGCUACUUUCCGCCCGCCGCCAGGAGCAGCACUAGCAAUAGCAGUGGCUCCUUGAUCCGCUCUGCUGAACGGAGCCCCAUCAGCCCCUUGGAGCCCAUACCAGAGGUGCAACCCAUCAAGCUCCCGUCUCCCAAGGAGGUCAAGUGGGCCGACGAGCAGCGCGAGGCAAUCGAGGAUCAGGAACAUGGCGAGCAGACGAGCGAACAGACAUGUACCAAGAUAAACCAAGAGUCACAGAGCGCAUCCUCUAAUCCCGACAGUACUACGCCAUGCCGACGUCCCUCAAGGCCAUUCACCAUUGACAGGAGCGGACGAAGACCCUCCGGUGGGCUAGUCUCCAGAUCAAUCGCCCAAGUCCAAAUCGCCGAGCCAAGAGGGACGACUUUUGGACCUUUGCCAACCGCCGCCACGCUCCUCAGACCCGUGGUGACGGCGACAAUCGCCACGCCGCCCGCCUCAACGUCUUCGGAGCCGAUUCCAACACCGACGACGGCGACAUCUUCCACAUCUCCAAUCUACACUCUUGAGAGCAUGAACCCGCUCCCGGCGCUGAGACGGGCAAUGUCGGACCUGAUCCCGAGCAGGCCGACGCACGCCUACCACCCCCUGCUCGACAACUACGCCCCCGAGCAGCCCUUUCACAUCGAGUGGCGCCGCGGCAGCGUCGACGGCCAGCCACUGCCCGCGACCACUUUCAUUGCCUCGCCGCCCAUCAGAUCGAGAAGAGAUUCCGCUUCUACGCUACCCUUGUCAUUGGAGCCCACCACAGCCACCAUGGCCGCUGGUCACCCGGCCCGACAGCAUACGACCGAGUCUAGGGUCAUUGGGUGGCUCAACCAGCAGCACUAA